AUGACUCAGAACGUCACAGGCGGAAGGUCAUGGAGCAAUAGAACGGAAGCGAGAGUAAUAGCACAUCCGCCGUUGUGGAAUAGUGUAUUCCAAUCGGGCAUUAGGCAGUUUCAGAGUGAGUGAUAUAUUUUAGCCGAUUAGAUUGGAAACAUAUAGGCUUACAUCAUUGACAGAUACAAAGACGCAAUCCUCGGCGCUCGAGAAAAUAUUGUAGCGAUCUGACGACUGGAGAAAAACACCGCCUCUACAUACACAGAGAGAUUGGAUAACCCGAGACGAGCCGAGAAAAAAAUAUCGGAGUGCAGAACCAGGAGAAACCGUGGACAGUCACAUACCGCAUUCAGUUUCGGCUCCUGGAGGAUGUCUGGAACCACCGUCGAUCAGAGACCCAAAGGACAAGGAAAUAAAGUACAAAACGGAUCAAUGCAUCAGAAGGAGGGAGUAAACGAUGAAGACUUUGAACCUUACCUAAGCAGCCAGACAAAUCAGAAUAACAGCUACCCACCAAUGUCCGACCCCUACAUACCCAGCUACUAUGCUCCUUCCAUCGGCUUCCCUUACUCCCUGGGGGAGGCCCCCUGGUCCACUGCGGGGGACCCCCCCAUGCCCUACCUGACCACCUAUGGACAGAUGAGCAAUGGCGAGCACCACUUUAUCCCCGACGGGGUGUUCAGCCAGCCAGGCGCCCUGGGCAACACCCCUCCCUUCCUCAGCCAGCACGGCUUCAAUUUCUUCCCUGGAAACGCAGACUAUUCCACCUGGGGCACCAGUGUCUCUCAGGGCCAGUCCACACAGAGCAAUGCCUAUAGUAAUAGUUAUGGUUACACACCUAGUUCCCUGGGGAGGGCUAUAGCUGAUGGACAGGCAGGCUUCAGCAGUGACGCCCAGAUCAGUAAGGUCCCGGUACUGAGCAGCAUCGAGCAGGGCAUGACUGGGUUAAAACUGGACAUGGGCGCCGCCGUCACCAAGACUGUCGGCUCGCCCCUUGGGGGCACGUUGGGCAUGAGUAGCAUGGCGGCCAAUAACAUGCCUCCAUUGGUUAGUUCCUCUGCCCCCAAACCCACGUCCUGGGCAGCCAUUGCCAGGAAGCCGGCCAAGCCCCAACCCAAGGUCAAGCCCAAAGCCAACAUGGGGAUGGGAGCCCCUGCCAUUCCCCCGCCGCCCAUAAAGCACAACAUGAACAUUGGCACCUGGGACGAUAAGGCCUCCGUCAACAAGCCCCCCUUAGCUCAGGCCAUGAUGCAACCUCAGACCAUGGUGCAGCAGACCCUGAUGGGUCAGCCCCAGCCCCUGCUGCAGAGCCCUCUGCCCCACCAGCACCAACACCAGCACCAACAUCAGCACCAGCAGCACCACCAACCCUUUCAGCUGCAGUCCCUCCAGUCUCCCCAACACCCCCAGCAGAUGCCUCCAGGCCCCCCUCACCACCACCAACACACCCACCAGAACUUCUCCUCCCAGCCUGGCCCCCCUCAACCUAUGCAUCAACACCAACAUCCCCAACCCCCACCCCAGAACCGCUGGGUGGCACCCCGGAACAGGGGCACCUUCAACCAAGGAGGGGCGGAAGGCUUUGGGAUGGGUGUUGGUGGGGUUCCCCUCAGUGCCUCUCCCAGCUCCGGGGAGGUGCACCCGGUGUUAGAGAAACUGCGGGCCCUCAACAACUACAACCCCAAAGACUUUGACUGGAACCUGAAGAACGGCCGCGUGUUCAUCAUCAAGAGCUACUCUGAGGACGACAUCCACCGCUCCAUCAAGUACUCCAUCUGGUGCAGCACCGAGCACGGCAACAAGCGCCUGGAUGGGGCCUACCGCUCGCUGGGGGCCAAGGGGCCCCUCUACCUGUUGUUCAGCGUCAACGGCAGUGGUCAUUUCUGCGGCGUGGCGGAGAUGCGCUCGCCUGUGGAUUACAACGCCUACGCAGGCGUCUGGUCUCAGGACAAGUGGAAGGGCAAGUUUGAGGUGAAGUGGGCAUUUGUGAAGGACGUGCCCAACAGCCAGCUGAGGCACAUCAGACUGGAGAACAAUGACAACAAGCCCGUCACCAACUCCAGGGACACUCAAGAGGUGCCUCUGGAAAAGGCCAAGCAAGUGCUUAAAAUUAUUGCCACUUUCAAGCAUACCACCUCAAUCUUUGAUGACUUUGCACAUUACGAGAAGCGCCAGGAGGAGGAAGACGCCCUGCGGAGGGAGCGGAAUAGAAAUCAACAGUAACUUUAGAGAGAACUCCUUGCUAGAGGUACAACACUAACGACGUAUGACCUUAAAUAAUUAGCCUAACUACGCAGAAGAAAGGGUCCUGCCAUCUUUUCUGCUGAAGACAACAACAAAGAGGCCAUAUCUCACGACGAUGGAAUCACCUGUGUCAGUUCUCUGGUGCAUCAAUCUACCCCAGUGUUCCUGUCUCUGAAGAAAAAUAAAGAACAUUACUCACUUUAAAGUCUCUCUUUAAGCACUUUCAGUCCACCUAAAGCAGCCUCUACCAAUACCCUUUACUCUCUAAUAACUCUUAUAUCUCACUUAUAUCUCUCUUUCUGGACUUCUGUUUGUAAUAACUGACUAACCAGUGUAGUUAGUUUUUCUGAGGAUUUUACCAGACUUGUAGUUUUUUUUUUUUUUUUUUUUUUUAAUGCCUCCAAAAUAUUGGGGAAGAAAAUGUGUUCUCCCCUCCCCCUCGAUGUGUUCUCCCCUCCCCCUGGAUGUGUUCUCCCCUCCCCCUGGAUGAGUGUUAGCGCCUUCAGAUGAGAUUCAAACAUAUAACAUGUUUAACUAAAUAUUUGACUUGAAUCUACACUCAGCUUGUGAUUGAUUGACAGGUGAGGGGAACGACAGGAAACGGCCAUAAUCAUGCCAAUCAUUAGAUGGACCCCCCCUUACUCCCGCCCCUUUGUUUCUGCAUCUUCUUCUGUGUACCAAAAGACGAGGUGGAUGAUGUAGUGAGCUGGGCUGGGUGAAUGCCAGUUAAUGCACAUGUUAGUCUUUUCUCUCCUGAUUGUUAUGUCAUUCUGAAGUCCAUUUGUCUGAGGAGAAAUCUGCUCCACGGUAACGGUUGCCUUGGUAGCUGUCAGUAUCUUCAGGCUAAAGCUGGGGCCUGUUCAGGAGGUUGCAAUGUUACACAACAUUCAGAUAGAAAAUGUGUCCAAUAGAUAUGAUUCUCUGUCAUGUAGAUGAGAACAGGAAAUUGUUUUAGCUUUAAACAUUACGUUUCUAUCAGCAGUGUUGUGCAACGUUUCACCUGACUGAACAGGCUUCAGGCUCUCUGUCUCUGAAGAACUCUGUAAUGCUUUUGGGAUGACCCUCCCUGGUGUUCCUGGGUCCAGGUAUAAGUUACUGUUAACCACAUAUCUGGGACCAGAUGCUCUACCCCAUGUCCUAACCUAAACCAUUAGGGGGAUGAAAAUAUAUCUGGUCCUGGAUCAGUGGUUAGGAGUGAUUUUUGUCUACUGCCGAUUGCUGCUUGGUUACAGAGGGGUAUCCCAAAAGCUGAACAUCACCAAGGAAGUGAGCGUUUCUCCUCAAGGUGAUUCACUAGCGAAAAAUAAACAUUACCCAUGUUUAGCAUAACAAACGCUUCUGCGAUGUGUCUUCUUGCGGUCUGUUGUGUGUAUGUGAUUGUAUCGAUGUGUGAGCAAUAACCCUGUCAUUAAUUUUCUGUUUCUGCACUUGGAUGAUCCUAAUAUUACGGAAUUUUUACUGACACCAAGACACAUCACAGGCUGUGCCCCAACACUCUAGCAUGGCUUCCUCCACUCCUCCAUCAAGAUUGAUACUGUAGGGCAGGGAUCAUUAGCUAGAUUCAAACGCGGGACAAUCAUUUUUUUGAGCAGAUGGUUGGUGGGCUGGAACAUAAUUACAAAUCAUUUGUAGACUGCAAAUUGAUGGCAAGAAGCCCAAACAGAUAUAAUAUUUGACUUAAACAUAAUCAUUUUAAACCUUGCUUACAUUUGUAUACAUUCACGUCUCUAUUAUGCGUGGGAAUACUUGGGAACAUAUUUCCUCAAUUAAAAUAACUUUUAGCUGA